CUGAGACAGGAAUAUUCUCCUUUCGAUUACGAACUCUCGUUUCAACAUUUAGUUAAUUCCCAUAUAAUCAUAUUAAUAAUUUAUUCAGAAACUCCAGUGAACACAUCAAUGUUCAGUCGCAGCAAUGAAGUUUAUAUGUUUGACUCUGCUGAUUAUUAGUGGAAUUACAGAUUCAAGAUCAGAGCAGUAUGAGGUAGUGGGACCUAGAGAUCCUGUUCUUGUUAUAGCUGGUGAAGAUGUGAUUCUGCCCUGUUCAGUCAAACCCAGUACCAGCGUUGUGGACAUGAGGGUGGAGUGGUUUAGACCAGAUCUGAAAGACUCACAAGUGCAUCUUUAUGAUGAUCAUGUUGACAAAAAUACAGAUCAGAUUCAGUCCUACAUAGGGAGAACAAAACUGAAUCAUCAGGAACUACAGAGAGGAGAUGCAUCACUCAAACUCUCAUCAGUUCGAGUCUCUGAUGAAGGACUUUAUAAGUGUUUUAUUCAGUCCAAAUACCAGUAUGAUGACACCACUGUUAAUGUCAGUGUUGAGGCUGUAGGACGUCCUCCAGUGAUCACUGUAGAUGGGUUUGAUCAUUCAGGAGGGCUUCAUCUACAGUGUGAAUCUGAAGGUUGGUAUCCUGAACCUGAUCUUGAGUGGCUGAACAGUGAAGGAGUCAGUUUGAGUUCAGAAACUACAGAGACACACAGAAAUGAAGACAGAUUCAGUGUGAAACAAACCAUCACUGUACAUCACAGAGACGACAAGAUUCACUGUAGAGUCAAACUGAGACAUCACGUGCUGGAAACACAGAUUAUCACCACAAGUAAAAGGUUUAGUUCUUGGAGGACAUCAGUCAUCCUGAUUUCAGUUUUCGUUGUGCUCAGUGUGAUUGCUGGAAUACUGAUAGCUGUGUUUGUUCAUAAAAACAGAGAACUCAGUCAACUACAGAAAGAACACAGUCAACUACAGGAUGAACACAAUCGACUACAGAAGGAAAACAGUCAACUACAGGAUGAACACAGUCAACUACAGGAUGAGAAGGGGAAAAUACAACAUGAACGUGAUCAACUUUUAGAAUGUCUGAAGACACUUAUACCUAAAGUGAAUGUGAUUCUGGAUGCUAAUACGGCUCAUCCACAUCUCAUCGUGUUUGAUGAUGGGAAACAAGUGAGAUAUGAAAACACACAAACGAAAAGAGAGGAUGGAAACAAAGACAGAUUUGAUAAAUAUCUUGGUGUUGUUGGGAAGGGUGGAUUCUCCUCAGGGUGUUUCUACUUUGAGGUUCAGGUGAAGGGACAAACUCAUUGGUAUUUAGGAGUGGCCAGAGAAUCUGUUAAGGGGAAAAACGUUAUCCGUCUGAGUCCUGAGAAUGGAUACUGGAUUGUGGGACGGAGAUAUGGGAAGUAUCAAGCUCGUGAUUCUCCUGCACACACUAUUUCUCUGAGUGUGAAUCCUCAGAGGGUCGGUGUGUUUGUGGAUUAUGAGAAGGGUCUUGUCUGCUUUUAUGAUGUGAAGUCCAUGUCUCAUAUCUACUCUUACAUGAAUCAGUCUUUUAAUGAGAAACUCUAUCCAUUUGUUUGUUUGGGGUAUAUGAGUAAUGAAAACUCCACACCACUGAUCAUCUGUGAUGAUUACUAAUGAGAUCAGUGAAUUUACAUGAUCAACUAAAAUUAAAAAAAAUAAAUAAUAAUAAAAAAAAUAAAUAAAAGGGUAACAGCAAUAGCUAGAUAGUAAAGUUCAUAGACAAACUUUGAAGUUGGCUUGAGAAAGCCAGGCCAGAAAGUUUUAGAAGUUUGAUGGUUCUCAAUAGGCAAUACAAGGCAAUACAGUCUAAUAGACAGACAGAUAGAUAGAUGGUUGCUAUGGUACCCAGGUAGAUUGCGAGGGUACUCAGAGUGAUUGCUAAGGACGGACGGACGGACAGACAGACAAACAGACAGACAGACACCUGGUCAGAUCAGUCUGAAGAUCUGGGCUGAGUUUGGUGGUUGUAGAGUUAAAGCUGUAGGACAGGAUUCCUCAAGUCUUGCCUUGCACAGUUUAGCUCUGACUCUGAUCAAACACACCUACACAAGCUAAUCAAUGUCUUCAGGAUCACUAGAAAUCACAGGUAGGUGAACUUGAUCAUGGUUUGAUAAACAAUGCAGAGCAUCAGCCCUCCAGGAUCAGAUUUGAGGAACCCUGAUCUAGUUACAGUCAACAGAAGAAGAAUAAUACAUUUAAAUAGCAUUUUAGUAAGUUAGAUUUAUCUCAAGUCAACGUAAAUGUUAUUAUUUACACUACCAGCCAAAAAUUUGGACACAUAAGGGAAAUUUUAUGUUUACUGUGAUCUUAAAAUAUUUUAACCGAAAGACUUUUGCUUAAAUGACUGAAAUGACUUAAUAAAAUAAUAUAAAUAAUGCCUAUAUGAUUUUCUUUACAAGAUUGAUGCUUUACUUUAACAUGAAUAAUGUUUUGAUUUGGAGCAGAUAAUGAAUGAAGAGCAUCAUGAAGGUCAUACAGUUACUGAUGCUUCUUCAAUAACCAAUCUGUUACAUACAAAGUUUUAUGUACCUUGUGUUUUUGUUAUUUGGACUUUUAAUUUGCAUUCUGCCUUAUUUUGUUUAUAUCUGUCUGCUGUUUUGUUUGUAGUCCUUUUGUAGUUUUCUUGUUGAUUAGUUUCCAGGUGUGUCUUGUUGUUAGUCUGUUAACUCUUGUGUUUCUGUUUUCUGUGGUCUUUGUUGGUCUUGUCCAUCAUUGAAUGUGCUGUUGAUGUCCUUAGUUCUGCACUUCUGUUUUUUGGUUUUUGCUUCUUGUUCUUGGAUUAUUGUUUGUGUAAUAAAUUCUGUAUUUAGAUUUUACUCUCCCUCACCUCUGAAUGUUCACCAUCGUUACAAGGACAAACUAUCGUAAUGCUAAAAGUUUUAAAUAUUUAAGGACAUCAGUCAUUCUGAUUUCAGUUGCUGUUGUGCUCAGUGUCACUGCUGGAAUACAGUCAGUCUGUAUUCUCAAACUUUAGAUGUAAAUAGAAUAUAAAUUGAUUACAUGUGUGUUUAUAAAAUGUAAAUUCGAAGGACUGAAGGGAGCUAAGUUGUGAAUAUGUUUGCUGUCAGACUAAACAGUUUACAACAGGCAACAAUUUAAGUCGUGAGAAUGAAAUCUUAAACUGUGGCCCCUUUUUCUCUGCAUGUCAUGUCCAGGGCUCUGUACAGGUAAACUUGAUGCACCUCACCUUGUCUAACAAGCACAAACUGUGAUAAUAUUGAAUG